GCCGGAGUGCCUAGGCAGAGAGUAUAUAUCGUAGUAUCGAGAGUACCGGAGUGCCGAGGCUUUUAAGCAUACUAGCGAGGCUUUUAAGCUCUGGCUUAGCGUCGUCCGCAGCUGAUACCAAUGUUGCUUUCGGAGUCGCGCCCACGUUUUGCCUUUCAGUUUGCACUCUAUAUCUGAAUGUCUUUACUGAGUGAAGCACGAUGCGAUUAUGUGUAUAACGGAUGUCUUCAACAGACGCGACAUUUUUUUUUUUUUUUGAAACCCGUCGCUGUGAUUGUGCCAUCUCGCUUCAUUCCAAGCACUUUAAACAAUCAACCCACUGCAUCCAAAACUGUAGUAGAUUUUGCUAAUUCAUGAACUGCUGAGGCGUCAUCCAUUCCAGCAACUAAUGAUCUCAUUAGUUUAUUCCUAUUCAAGAUUUUGAACAUACGAAUUAUUCCCUGAUCCAGGGGUUGCAAGCAAGAUACCGUAUUUGGCAAAAUUAUUUUAUUUCUACACUUCAAAAUUUUGCGUUGCAAUACAUGGAGCAUUAUCGACGAUGAGUAAAAUCUUUUGCAUAUUGCAUUUUCGUGUUCAGUUUGUGCAGCCUUGUACGAAAAAUUUCACACGUUAUCCAUGCUUUUUUUGUUGGCGAACCAGAAUAUGUUUAAAGCAUCGUAGACGCAAUGUAUGGAUAACAAUUGGCGCAUAACGCAAUUGUUUGUAUCUACAUUGCUAACUAACCACCCUUCUUCACUGCAAGCUUAUUGCGUAUCGGGUAUUGCUUUAAAUAGAUGGCCUCACUCAUGCGGCAUAUGUUACAUGGCACGUAUCCUUUGGUAAUAACGGAAAUUCGCGAUUUCCUAUCACUAGUCAUAUUUUCAUUGACUUCACCGCUUUUGACACUUAACACUUCAAAACACAAUGUUGCGGCGAACACGAAAACUGACCAACCAUUCACUAGCACUAAAAUUUCGACUCCACGGUCUGAUAGGAUUCGAAGAGCUUUUCCUUGUAUCUUUAGCCCAUUUCAGGGAGGUCCUGAAUUUUGAGGUUUGAAUGAGCACGAUUGAACCAUUGUAAAGAAACACUGUAAUGCCUUGUAAGGCAUUACUUCUCUUCUUAGUGUCCUUAUUAACGUUAUCAAUGUGUCAAGUACCGAUCCCGAUAAUCAAAAAUUUACCGUAUCUGACUUUUACCAGAUUAACACCUUAGUUAACUUUCACUGCGAUUUUCCGUUUUCGCUUUCUCUUAUCACUGAUAAGCGAGUUUCUUUUGACGAUUGAAAGGGUGAAAUGGGAAAGGGAUUGGCCAGGGUGAAAUGAAAAUUGUAGCGAAAACAGGCAUUCCUAGUGCAGUCCCUACACAAUUAGCGGCAACACUACUCUGCGAAAGCACAUUAAGCGGUACAUUGCAUGAAGGAGAAAUCAGUGAACCUGCCUCCAAUGCCAUUCUAAGAAUAGCACACCCAAAGGGGCAGUUGUCUGCGGCGGUACCCCCUACCUCAUGGGAAACCGCCGGUUGCCACCAAGGCUGCAAGUUGCAGCUAGCAGAAAACGACAUACGACAAUGAAAAACAUUUCUCCAUAAUUGGAUAAAAUGGUCACUUUAAAGGGGCAAAAGAUUUUGUUGAGGAAUUGAAGGUCGUUCGUUGGGAAUAGGAGUGGUCGAAAUAGAGGGACUUUCUAAGCAUUGGUAUUAUGGGAAAAACAUUCCGUCCCGAAAAAAGUGAUCGGGAAGAGGGGUUUCACUUUAUUUAUAACUGAGUCCUGUGUCAGAUGAACAGAGAGGCCAUGUGAAGGAAUUGAGUGUGUGUUGCAGGACUACCCUAUAAGGUAACGCUGUGAACGGUUUUAUGUUGAGGUAGCUGGAAGAACUUAAAGAGACCCAAGUUGAACUGAAGGCACUGAGAGAGGAGACAGAGCAGCUGCGCCACAAGCAAGCAGUGCAGGACGAGAAGCUGGCUGAGAAGCACAGUGCACUUCAGGAGAAGGCAUCACGCGAGCGUUUCCUGGAAGAGUGCAUUAUGUUGGAGACACAGGCCACGGAAUCUGCAGCAGAGCUUAUUGACCUAGCAGUUCAAGUAGAGAAACAGCACAGUCGUUUGCUUGAGAGCAACACCCAAACAGAGCCUGUGUUAAGGAAGUUUGAAGCUGUGAUGAAAAAAGAGAGUCAAUUGGAGAGUAGAAAGGCGGCUUUGGAAGAAGAUAUUGUAGUUCAACAAAAGAUCUUAGCUGAUUCAGUGAAGGAGAGGAAAGAACUUGAAAGGAACAUUCAAGACAUUCAGGGCGAAGAGUUCAAACAUCUACAAAAUAUUCUUUCUUUGGAAAAGAAAUUUGAAGAAGUUACGGGAAAAAUUCAGGAGACAAAAGAAGAGAUAUCAUUGACGAGUGAGGACUUCGAACAGGAGAGAAAGAAAUUAUUUGAAAAGGCUGCCGGUGUAAAAGCAGAACUGAAAGCAGCUAUGUACCAUGAUCAGGACCAGAUUUAAUAAAUUAUAUAAUAACAUUUGUGCAUCUGCUUGGUGUUUUUUUUAAUAAAGUCAAGAUUUGUUGAAAAAAUAAAAUUAAUUUUGUACUUAAUUUGCCCGUGGAGAUCAGUGAUCACUUUCUUAAACUUAUUUUUAUACUUUAAUCCUAAUGAAUAUGUUUUGCGUAAGAUCUGUGAUCAAUUUCAAUUAAGUUGUCAUACAUACUGGAAUGGAAUUAAAAAAUGUAGUUAAUUACUGGUUUGUUUGUUGAAAAAUAUACAGACUACUCUAAUACAAAGAUUAAUAUCUAAACAAACUACUGUCUGUUGGUAUGUAAGAAUUAUACUUUUGUUCAUGUUCAAAUUUGCAUAGCUUUGUUACAAGAUUUCUUAAUAGCAAACUUGUUAAUCAAAGUGCUUUUAUUGUAUUUGCGACAAUACAAAGUAAACAAAGUGAGUUCAGCUAUAAUUGAAAAAUACU